UGCAACAAAAUUCAGUUGGUAGUAGGAAGGGAGGGAGAGCAGCUGAUAGUAUGGUCCCAGCAUCACUACGUUCAGCAUCACUUUAUAUUCUUGGCAAUGGCUGCAGCUUCGUGUGUCUUCCUCUCCCGCUUGGUGACCAGGAGAGCCUCAGUGGUAGGCCUACUGAGGAAUAAUGGCUGCACAAGAAAAGACAUAACUUUUACCCUCCCAAGACAUGUCUCGUCCUCUUCCUGGUUAUCACAAGCUAAAAAAGAAUGGGACAGGAGGUGUAAGGAAACACGCCCAACGUUUUCACCCACGCCAGGGAUCGAACCAUGGACAGGUUACCUUAGGCUUGAGGUAACGUACGAGAAAGUGGACGGAAUGAAAUUCACCGUAAAGGGAAAGGAAGGGGACAACCUCCUGGACAUUGCUGUUAAUAAUGACUUGGACCUUGAAGGCUUUGGUAAGUGUGAUGCAGUUUGGUCAGCCCACACUUACAGUUGCCCUGUGUAAGUACCAACUGGAUAU